AUGGCUGCCUUGCUGGCCGCAUCGCAACAAACCUCCCCCGAGAUCCUCUCGAACCAUUUUGGCUCCUUUUCAUCAUCCCGUCAACCCACUCAGGGCAAUCAUGAUGCCGUCAUUUCGGGCUCUGCCAAUCUCGCGGAGGGAUCAUAUGAUCUCCCUGUAGGAGCUGACGCUGAGGACCGAUUGAACGCAUUCCGUUCCGACAUGGCUCCCUUUUUCCCGUUUGUCGUCAUCCCCGAUCGUGUCAGCGCCAGGGAGUUGCAAGACCGAAAACCAUUCCUAUACAUGACAAUCAUGAUGGCAAGCUUGCGGCAGGGUGCAGCUCAACAACUCACCUUGGCCCGGCGGAUAGGGGAUUCUCUCAGCGAACGUGUGCUUCUAAAGGGAGAGCAGAACCUCGAUCUGCUCCAAGGCCUCCUCGUCUAUUUAGCCUGGUAUCACUUCAAUAUCUCGACCGGUGCACAGUUCAGCACUCUGCUCCAUAUGGCUCUGGCAAUGGUGACCGAUCUGGGCCUGGGAAAACCCGCCGCAAUCAAGGCAGUCAAGAGCCUUGGGCUCAUGACCGACGGGAAGGCGAAAACUUACUUGAAAGACCGCCAUUGGAUUACCACGCCCCAUACGCUCGAGGAAAGAAGAGCAUUCCUUGGCUGCGCAUAUUUGAUGUCUCUGUAA